AUGAAUGAGGCAGAUCGAGAACUAAUACGCGCCAAGCGCGAUGCUUCCCUCGAACGAUUUCCCGUCGAUUCUCCAAUCCACUCUCCUCAACCCCGCCAUCCCUCACACGAAAUCGAACGUAUCCCUACCGCAUCCUCCAUCUCCACCACUUCCUCCGGUGCCUCUUCACAUCGUCCUACUCUUUCUCGAAUUCCCACCCAACGCGAUCUAGAAAGUAAUCCUACUGUCAUAUCACGAAUCCAAACUGCGCGGUCGCAACAUACAGGGACAGUAGGCAGAAGUGCUACCGGUAAGAGUAGUAAGAUUAGUCGGAUUUUUAGUACAAAGGAAAAACCUUUACCACAGAUGGGAUUGGGGAAGGUUUAUCCCCCGUUAUUGCCGGAUCGAGAUGAGUAUGUGGUGGAGUUUGAUGGACCGGAUGAUCCUUUACAUGCGGUUAAUUGGCCGAUGAGGAAGAAGAUUCUCACGGCAGUAAUGUUGGGAUAUACAACAUUAGUAUCAGCAUUUACAUCUAGUAUCUUUUCAACGGCAACUCGAACUGUGGCAGCGCAAUACCAUGUCUCAACUGAAGUUGGAACAUUGGGACUUUCGUUCUAUGUUUUGGGAUUUGCUUUUGGACCUAUUCUAUGGGCUCCAUUGUCGGAAUUGAAGGGGAGAAGAUUACCGAUUGUUCUUUCGAUGUUUGGAUUUUCAAUCUUUCAGGUUGCGGUUGCGGCUGCGAAGGAUUUACAAACGAUUUUGCUUUGUAGAUUUUGGGGAGGUAUCUUUGGUGCGGCUCCAUUAGCAGUAGUUGCUGCGGUUUUCUCGGAUAUGUUCGAUAAUAAAACAAGAGGACUUGCCAUCACCGUUUUUUCCAUGACCGUCUUUACAGGUCCACUACUCGCCCCCUUCAUUGGUGGAUUCAUCGUAGAAUCUCAUCUCGGUUGGCGUUGGACCGAAUGGCUUCCCGCUAUCAUGGGUUUCGUAGCUUUCAUCUUGGAUUUCUUAUUCCUUUCCGAAACCUACCCACCUAUCAUCUUAAUCGAAAAGGCAGCCGAACUUAGAAGAAGAACGAAAAAUUGGGGUAUCCACGCCAAACAAGAGGAAAUAGAGAUUGAUUUCCGUGAAUUAAUCACCAAGAAUUUCUCUCGUCCUCUUAGACUUUUGGUAACCGAACCUAUCGUUCUGCUUAUUUCCAUCUAUAUGGCUUUUAUCUACGGCCUACUCUACCUCUUCCUCACAGCCUAUCCAAUCGUCUUUCAACAAAUCCAUGGUUUCACCGGCGGCGUAGGUGGUCUUCCAUACUUUGGUAUGAUCAUAGGAAUGUUAAUCGCAGGCGUCUAUGUCGUCCUCACUCAACCAUCAUAUAACCGCAAACUCGCAGCAAACAACGGCAUCCCAAUCCCAGAAUGGCGUCUCCCACCCGUGAUUGCUGGAGGAGUAAGUUUCGCAGCAGGACUCUUCUGGUUCGGAUGGUCAGGUUAUCGAGCAGAUAUUCACUGGAUCGUCCCCACGCUUUCGGGUCUCCUCACGGGUUUUGGCCUCCUAGCUAUCUUUCUCCAAUCUCUCAAUUAUCUCGUCGAUGCCUAUCUCAUGUUUGCAGCCUCGGCUAUUGCUGCAAAUACUUUCUUGAGAUCAUUGGCCGGAGCGGGUUUCCCUCUCUUCUCCCAAUACAUGUUUAAAUCGUUGGGAGUUAAUUGGGCGGGAACGUUGCUAGGUUGUGUAGCGUUGGUUCUGGUGCCGAUCCCGGUUUGCUUUUAUAUCUAUGGGGCGAAGAUUAGGGGGAAGAGUCAAUUUGCGCCGACGUUUCCGGUGCAAGGGCCGGCGAGGGAUGAGGAGGAGGGGGGUGGGGAUGGGAAUGGGGAUCGAGAUAGGGAUACAGAUAGAGAUGUUAAUGGGAGGGAAAAGGGGGAGGAGGUUAGGGUUUAA